GCUGACUGAAGCUCGAAUGGGGACUGGAGCAAGCCAGAAGGAAUAUUCAGUUAAAGAGAGCCCCCGCCCGUCACAGUCCAACGUCGAGGCCGAUUCAGCGGAGGCCAAUUCAGCGGACCCCUCUCCGCGCCCACCGGCCAUCAUCGUCACAGCUCCGUCGCGAGAGGACAUCCAUGCCUCACCGCCCACCGUGACCAUAGCUGACACCGCCAAAGAGCGGCGGCCGUCCUCCACACCCUUUGUGGUGGGCAAGAACCUGGUGGGCGGACAGUAACUUGACAUGUCGCGCCACAGAAGGUGAAAAUGGGAAUCAAAAGGGUUUUUGGUUGGAUCAGAGAAAGCAGCAACAGCUCUGAAAACCGUGGUGGUCCAAGUAUUCAGAUCCUUUAGUAGGAAUAGAAAUGCUUUUCCCCCUCUUCCUUUUUUAAACAGACGUGAUUAAAAGUCCAGCAGAAUUAGCAGUAAAUUCAUUGUCAUAUUAAUAUAGUGUGACAAGAGUGUUGGGAUGAAGCAUUAUGUUGCUAGUUUGCUAAUUCCACCAUGCUUUCAUGCUACAGUUAUAACACAUGUGAACUGCUGGGCUUGUUCUAUGUUACUUUAACAUUUAGCCAGAUUUUUCCAGUUUUUAAAUGAUUGUUCUUGAUAAACAUUAUCGCUAGCAUGUUGAUUUGUUAUGAUUAGAUGAGUGCUGAGAAGGGUCUAUUAUGGUGAAAAAAAAAACUUUACAGUAUAAACUCUUAAAAAACCUUUGUGAAUUUGUAAGUUUACAUGCAAGGCUGAGAUAUGUGUAUGCUUGCAAGCGAUUAGCAUUAGCCCAAACUAUGUGUAUGCCAGCGAUUAGCAUUAGCUGAUUCAGAUCAGCCAAUAGCAGAAAUUACAUUGUAAUAGCUAGUUUUUAACCAGUCGCUAUGCAUAUUUAUGACACACAAUGUAGAAUUUAAAUACUUUGCACAAAAAUUGCACAACGAUUUUAACCUACUUUACUUACUAUUUUUUCAUUACAGAAGGACUCAAUAUGGACUUAACAAAUACCACCCACUUGUCGACAUACGGACCGUUGCGGUUCAAACUCCGGGAAAGGUCUUAGUUGUCCCAUCGGUGGCCCAAACCAAAACAUAAUGGCGGCGCCCUUGUUAACUGAGCUGCGGCCCGUCUAGUCAGAACCAAAGCGGGUCUUCUGAAGGGUUGAAAACGAUCUUUAAUGGAAGAAUGGACGCCGUAGGAGACGACGAACCGGAUCCCAUAAAGCUCAAGUCUAUCAAGAACAAUAAAACAUUCACAGUGCCUCAAAGCGAUAGGUUUGGGAGCUGCAGAAGUGUUAGAGAGUUCGAGAAAUUUAACCGCAUCGGAGAAGGAACUUACGGCAUCGUAUACCGAGCUCGAGACACCAAGUCAGAUGAGAUUGUGGCGUUGAAGAAAGUCCGGAUGGACAAAGAGAAAGAUGGGAUCCCCAUCAGUAGCCUCAGGGAGAUCACCCUGCUGCUGAGGCUGAGACACCCCAACAUAGUGGAGCUAAAAGAAGUGGUCGUCGGCAGUCACCUGGAGAGCUUGUUUCUGGUGAUGAGCUACUGUGAACAGGAUCUGGCCAGCCUGCUGGAGAACAUGCAGACGCCGUUCUCUGAGGCUCAGGUGAAGUGUAUCAUCCUUCAGUUGCUCAGAGGCCUGGAGUAUCUCCAUCACAACUUUAUCAUACACAGGGACCUGAAGGUGUCUAAUCUGCUGAUGACAGACAACGGCUGCGUUAAGAUUGCUGAUUUUGGGUUGGCCAGGAUGUACGGCAUCCCCCAGCAGCCCAUGACGCCCAGAGUGGUCACACUGUGGUACAGAGCUCCAGAGCUCCUCCUAGGGACCAAGACCCAGACUACAGCUCUGGACAUGUGGGCUGUCGGCUGCAUCCUGGCUGAGCUGCUGGCUCACAAACCUCUGCUGCCUGGAACCUCUGAGAUCCAGCAGGUCGACCUCAUAGUUCAGCUGCUCGGAACACCCAAUGAAAAUAUCUGGCCGGGUUUUUCUCAGCUGCCCCUCAUCGGUCAGUACAGUCUGAGGAAGCAGCCGUACAACAACCUGAAGAAUAAAUUCACCUGGCUGUCUGAAGCUGGCCACAGACUGCUCAACCUGCUCUUCAUGUACAACCCACAGCGCAGAGCUACUGCCAAAGAUUCCUUGGAGAGUUCCUACUUCAAAGAGAAACCUCUACCCUGUGAACCAGACCUGAUGCCAACCUUCCCCCACCAUCGCAACAAGCGGGCUGCUGCUUCGGCAGACAGCCACCCGAAACGGAUGAAAGUGUGACGAAGAUGGCAACGGUGAGACUCGACCCCCGUGGCGGUGGCGACAUUCUCAGGAAUGGACGUUGGUUUCUGCUCACGAGGACGUUUUACUCUGGAAUGUUGAGCAAAUGAGGACCUGUUCAAUUAGCAUCCAUUUCAACACAGCUAAAGCCAACAAACUCCAAUUAGAGGUCAUCUAAAAAAGGCUGUAAGCACACCUUCUCUAAUGCAGAUCCAGUGUUUAGAGGUUGUCAGAUUUCUUAAUAUUCGUAUUGCUGCCAAGGUCUGCGCACUAAAUAAAAUGAAAGUAACGAGGGCUAAGUUGCCUCGACAAAUGUCCUUUUGUGUCGAGCAUUUGUCACAUUUUAGAUGUUCUAUAAGAAUCUGUGAUCUGUGAUCAUUUUGGAUUCCUAACAUCAAAACGAUAAGACUGUAAAAAGGCACGAGUAGAAGAAACUGAACCCACUUGCUUGAGCUCUGCCCACAGUUCCACUGGGUCUGCGUGACGGCCUCUCUUUAAGAGUAUUUUUUAAACAGCAUUGGCGAAAAUACUGCCUUUACGACUCAAAGAAAACCAGAGUUUGUGGCAAAAUGAAAUGAAAAGGCAGCCUUGUUAAGAUCUUAGGUUUGGUCCUCAUAGCCAUAAGUGAGUGUGUUUACAACCGGCUGCGUGCCCUGUCAAAGUGUCCUUGAGGUGAAAUACUGAACUCCUGAACUUGCUCGCUUAUUGUUAGUUGUUACAGGAGUUUGACUUUUUCGGAAAUAUGCUUAUUCCCUUUAUUUUAUUUUAUUAAGAGUUACAUGAGAAGAUUCAGGGUUCCCACUCUUUUCUAGAGAUAAUUCUCCAGGACAUGUUUAGUGAUGAUCUAGCUGGUAUGACAGACAGAAAUCGCGCCAUACACUAAUGAAUCUCCUUUUUCUCUUAUGAAUAAUAGUAACCAUUUAUGCCUGAACACCAGUAAGACAAACAGUAGCCUACAAUUUAGCUGAAUGGCAAAUCUAGCCUGAAAAAUACCCAAAUGUACCAUUCAAAGCUCAUCACACCAUACUUUAGCCCCUUUACUAGCAAUAGUAAGAGUCUUUAUUAAGAAGACUAUUCACACCCACUGUGAGCUGCCGCUACUAAAGUUAAACAUGUAAUGUCAUGUCAUGAUCCAUUUUACCUUAAUAAUGCUAGCAAAGUGAAACAGUACCGAUAGCCGGAGUUUUGGGCUCACAUUCAUGUUUUUGAACCUAUUGCUCAAAGCUAAAGUCAAUUAUCACAAAAACCUUUGCUGGCAAAACGAGCUAGCGUCAACUUUUAGCAAGUGAACCAAGCAUGCUAAUCAAACACUGCUAUCAUACGACGAGACUUGUUUCAGCAUCGAGUUUCUGAUACUUGACUGUGCUAAAUAUGUUUAAACCAUCAGCUAAUGAACAUAAUAAAUAAUGUAAAAACUA